AUGGCAGAGUCGUCAAAGGGGUAUGCAGUGGUUACAGGUGCAAACAGGGGCAUUGGAUUUGAAAUAUGCAAGCAGUUGGCUACAAAGGGUACGACGGUGGUGUUAACGGCUAGAGAUGCGAAGAGGGGUCUUGAAGCUGUUGAGAAGCUGAAAGAGUCUGGUUUAUCUGAAACUGUCGUUUUCCAUCAACUUGAUGUGACAGAACCUGCGAGUAUUUCUUGUUUGGCAGAUUUCUUGAAGACUCAAUUCGGAAGGCUUGAUAUCUUGGUGAAUAAUGCAGGAAUUGGUGGUGUUACAGCAGAUCAAGAUGUUGUAAGAGCUUCCGUUCUCGGAAAGCCCGGUGCCCAAAUCAACUGGAGUGAAAUACUGAUUGAAACAAACGAGUUAGCUGAAGAAUGCCUCAAAACAAAUUACUAUGGUGUCAAAAGAAUGUGUGAAACACUCCUUCCCCUCCUCCAUUUAUCUGAUUCUCCAAGAAUUAUAAAUGUUUCGACUUCAAUGGGGCAGUUAAAGAAUAUUUCAAAUCCAUGGGCCAAAGCAGUCCUUGGUGAUGUUGAAAAUCUGACAGAAAAGAAAGUGGAUGAGGUACUGAGUGUGUUUCUGAAAGAUUUGGAGGCAGGUUCAUUACAGGCCAAUGGCUGGCCGACUCUUUUGGCUGCCUAUUCCAUCUCCAAAGCAGCUAUGAAUGCCUAUGCAAGGAUCCUGGCUAAGAAAUACCCCAGUUUCCACAUCAUCUGUGUUUGCCCUGGCUCUGUGAAAACAGACAUAAACUACAACACUGGCCUGUUAACUGUUGAGGAGGGCGCUGAGAGUGCAGUGAGAUUAGCUCUGCUGCCCAACGCUGGCCCUUCUGGCCAAUUCUUUGUUCGGAUGGAACAGUCAGAAUUUUGAUGAUCAGAUAAUUCUCCAUUUUCAAAAGAAAGUUCACCUUGUGAAAAGUUAUGCCUUUUGCCUUCUUUUGUCAAUGAACACCUACGAAUCUCAAUCUAAUAAAAAGCAUAUGGCAAAUUAUUGCGUGUCAUUCAUGCAAAUAUGCUUCCAUCUUGUGUUAUUUCAUUUUAUGCAAAUAUGGUUUCUGCAUAACAUUUACUCAGCCUUUGAGCUAUAUAUGUGGAAAAUUUUGGAAGGAAACAGCGUUGCCUGUCAUCUUUCACCAUAUAAAUAUAGGCAUUGUUCAGGUUAUGGAUUACAAUUUACAAUUCCAAUAUCAAGACAACUUGAUAUCUGAGAGGAAGUUCCCAAAGGGUCCCAGACUCAGCCAACAGGAAGCCAGUCAAGGAUGGUGAGAAAUUUCCUAUCAAAAUGAAAACAAAAGACGGCACUUAAAGAAGCAAGUGCGACUUCACCUUCUAGCUCUUGUUCACCAUAUCCAACCAAAUUUGGCUGCUUCCUCGAACCAUCUGAAACCAUAGAGAAAAGAUUGAAAAGUUGUCGGUUCUAUUGGGAAUAUGCCAUUAUCAUCCUCUCAG